AUGCCUCCAUCCACCCCACAGCCCCAAGAUGAUUCCCACCAGCAACUCCUCGAUCAAAUGGAUAUUUACUACACGCCCAAGCCCUUCCGCAAUGCGCACUGGAAGCCCGGCACGCGACGAAACAAGAACACCAAGCAGAUCAUCUCCGAGUCGCAACGAAAAGAAGCCUCCGUGCUCGCCACCCAGAACAACUCGGGCGCCUCGACACCUCUCCCGGCCACGGGCGCGAAUUCAGAUGGCGCAUCUACACCUGCCUACCCACCUUCUUCAGCGGCGAAGCCCCUCAACAUGGCCCAGGCGACACAGAGCUUGAGCACCCUGGUACUGGAAAGGAAUCUGCAGAGGGAGAGAGCGUCAAAUAUCACACUUCUGGGAGCUGGUGGCAUGAUGGGAGGGCCAGCCGUCACCUACACCAACAUUGAGAGCGCUCCGAGUCUACAUCCCGCAAAUCACAAGCAUUACUGUGACAUUACUGGCCUGCCGGCCAAAUAUACAGAUCCCAAGACAAAGCUGAGAUACUACGACGGGGAGAUCUUCGCGGUGGUGAGGAGUCUGCCGCAGGGCGCACCAGACCAAUAUCUUGCGGCCAGAGGAGCGAAUGUCGUCCUCAAGUGA